AUGGUACAGAAGAUGUUGACCGAGAAGAGACCAAAGGAGUUGGGACCUUUGCCAGAGAUACCAAUAUUUGCCUUUAUCUACUCGGGCAAAUACUUCUCCGAGGACAUGUUUGUUCACGAGUUGGAGUCAACUCAAACGCGGCGACCUCUCAACUUGCAACUCAUUAUAAAGGAUGCCUCAAAGAACAGAAUGUUCUUUCCCAAGGGAUUCUCAUUGGCAAGGCGUAACUCUGCGCCAAUCGUCAGCGCCAUUCAACAAGAACGAGACCAGAUACGUGCGCUCUCACCAGAUAUCUCGUCAUUGACGCGACACCAACAACAUCCAAUCGAGCCAAUAUCACCUAUAAUGCAAGCACAGGAGGUUCCAACUUCUGCGCAACAGUCGAUACCAGAGGAGAAUGAGAAUGAAGAGUUGCCAACCUUUAUUACAACGUUUGAAGAGGUGACUACAUUCGAUGCAGAUAUCCAACAUUAUCAUGGUGUGUCGUUCUCCAACUCGACAAUGUCAUUGUUGGACCAUCUGUUCAACAACAAUCAACAAGAUGGUACCGUGUCCACACAGUUUGCAAGAGAGUAUCUUGAGGAGUAUUGGGAGCAGAUGGCACAACGCACACCUCAACUACACUCAAUCACCUACAAUGUCGAUCCAAUGACCAAUACCACGACUACAUCAAUCAACUCGCAUCCAUUCCCCAACGACAAAUAUGAUGGGAUACUUCAAUUAAUCCUAAAGGUUGACCAUGAACAAGAUGGCGGAGAAGGUCGCUUGAGCAAGGAACUAUUCCGUACCCUGUUCUUCCUAUUCAACUAUGAUUCGAAUGCUCUACAAGAGGAUGCAUGUCCAAAUGGAUCAUAUAAUGAUGUUGAGAGAGUUGUGGAACAAUACCAUUCAACGAUAUCCAAUCAACCAUUUUGA